CGCUGCUCCGCUGCCGGCCACGUCCCGCGCCGGCCCGCGGGCGCUUCCCCAUCCCAGCCUGCCGCGCCCGGAUGCGUGGGCCCCCGCGUGGGCCGCCCACCCGUCCCCGCGUGCUUCGCGUGCCAUGGCCUGGGCGCGCUCCUCCCAGCCCUGCGCCCGCCCUCGCCUGCCCGCCGCGUGCCCGGGCCCAGCCCACGGCCCUGCCCGGAGGAAGAGGCCGGCCCGGGAGCGCGCCCUGAGCAGCCGCCUCUGCGCAGGUCCCUCGGCCGGGCCGCGGGAAUCGCACGCGCCUGAGCAGCCUGCCGGGUACCCGGGGACCGCGCGGCCUUCGCCACCUGCAAGAUGUGGACGGCGCUGGUGCUUGUUGGGGUUUCCUUCCUGACCUGCUCUGAGAGCCAGGAGCUGCCCUCGACGCUGUCUCUCUCGCCCUCUCCUGGUGUCCUUCCGACUUCAGCAACCAAAAAUGUCUCCCUGGACGCUGGACAGCCCAACGUCACAUCCAUCACAAAUGUCUCGCUGGACACUGGACAGCCCAAUGUCACAUCCCUCACAAAUGUCUCGCUGGAUGCUGGACAGCCCAACAUCACAUCCCUCACAAAUGUCUCGCUGGACGCUGGACAGCCCAACAUCACAUCCCUCACAAAUGUCUCGCUGGACGCUGGACACUCCAGUGCCAUGGACGCUGCACUUGCUAACGCCACCUCCCCUGCAAACGUCUCCAGGACGCCCAGUGCCACGGACUCCGGGUACCACAGUGCCACGUCGCCCGCACAGAUGGUGGAGGCGGCCUCCUCCAUCCCGACAGCCCUUCACACCUCGGCCCCCACCCCCAGGGCCCCUGCGGUCACGUCUCCCAGGUCUCACAGAACAGACGCGGGCUCCCCGGCAGCCACGGGAGGUGGCCCUCAGCCCACGUCCCCCGAGGUGCCCAUGCCCUCCAGCCCAGAGUCAGCCCGAACCCCGGCUUCCACCGCCAUCCCCGGCACCCCCAGGCCCUCCGUGAGCAGCCGCCCGCCGCCCCAUGGGACAGCCCUGACCUCACAGACCCUGAGUGUCCCCGAAUCCUCCGGUGCAGAAACCAGUGCCGCCUCCCCCUCCGGUACGCCCACCAUGCCCCCGCACACCCCCAGCAGUGGCCUGUCCCCCACCGGGUCCCCGGCUUCUAACGCAUCCACACAGGCCACCACCACCCCCAGGACCACAGCCACCCCCUCCGGCACACCACUGGAGCCCACGACCCCCACGGCGGCUCCUGGGACUCCCACUGCGGGGACCACCACCAGGGCUUCGGCCCAGACGCCAGCCACCAGCACUGCACCAGCGCCUUCUGCCAGCCCGGGUCACGUGACGCAGCCAAGCCCUGUGCCACCCACAACCCUGACCCCCGAGCCACCCGGGCCUGAGGCCACCACUGGCCCCACACCAGGGCACUCGGGGGGCCCACAGGUGCCAACCACAGAUGCGUGCCCACCCAGCUCCCCGGGCCCGUACCUGAUCACCCCCGAGCCCCUGGCGCCCACCCCUGUCAGCAGAAGCUUCCUCCUGGUGGCACUGGUGCUGGGGGUGACACUCCUGCUGACCGUGGCGGUUUUGCUGGCGCUGCAGGCUUACGAGAGCUACAAGAAGAAGGACUACACGCAGGUGGACUAUCUCAUCAAUGGCAUGUAUGCCGACGCCGAGAUGUGAGUCCAGCCGACGCCAAGACGUGGACCCACGUGCACGGCACUGCACCUUUGCCGAGAUGUGGGCCUGCGCCCGGCACUGCACCUUUGCCAAGAUGUAGGCCUGCACCCGGCACUGCACCUCGCUGAGAUGUGGGCCCCACACGCUUCCCCGGCCUCCCAGCUCCACACUCACUCGCCGGCAGACGCAGCCCGGAGGCUCAAGACUUGCCAUGUUUUUCAUAUUUAUUUUUAUAGCUGAUCACGAUGGCGCAGGCGGCCGCCCUGCCGCGGGGGUCAGUGGGGAACCCUGGCCAGAAUUAAAGCCAUGAGCGCUUCCUGCGCCACGUGUGUC